AUGCAGCGAGUCGCUUGGCUGGAUCAGAUGUUUCUGUAUUUUGUCGGUCAGGUGGAGGUCGACUUUCGAAAACGACAGAAUCUCACGAUCGCGAUCACUUUCGGGUUUCUCGAGGGAGACCGUUUCACAGUCAACGAGGCUCUUCCUGUCAUCGCCUGUCUCAAUUCUAUUCCCAACAUAUGA